AUGUCGACAACACACAUAGUGAAGCCUGCUACCAAGGACCAGCAUAGGUGCGAUACCAGUAUGGGUGAGGUAGAACUAGGAGAAUCUUACUGGCACGCAGGCAAGAUAUGGCCAAUAUCUCCAGGAUCUCUACAGGACAAUGUGGGUAUGGCAGGCAUGGAUGGCACAGUCAAGACCAGCAUGCGAUCCGAUGUUUUCGACUACUACCACUACACCUCGGCAAAUCGUCUCCGGUCGAGGCCUACACGGACUAUGGAUGUUUGGAGACACAGGGCAAGCAAUGGGCGUGCAUCUCCGGUCUACCAGCCAUGGGGGCCAUGGCUAUUUGAGAGGGGGGGGUAG